ACCAUGAAGAUCUACUGCGACAUGCAGCGCUCUGCUCUCAUAAUCCUGAUGCUCAACAGCUUCUGUGCUUUCUCACAAAUUCCCCAUGAAUUUGUCACUGUUGUGGGCUGCUUUGUGAAUGGUACAACUGAGGUCCUGUUUGAGUUUGAUAAUGAGGAGAUUUUAUAUGUGGAUUUCCAAAAACAGGACAUUGUAUACACUGCGCCCAGACUUAUUGAUUCUGAUCCAGAUAGAAUUAUGGGGCAGACCUAUGCGAGAAUACUAAAAGAUGGUCUGACAAAUAAGGAACUCUGUUUAGUAUUAACUGCUGUCACUGCAACGGAAGAGAAAAAUCCACCAGAAGAAAAAGACCCCCCUGAGAGCAUCCUCUACUCUACAGAAAGAGUUGAGCUGGGAGUUGAAAACAGCCUCACCUGCUUUGUGAAUCAUUUCUACCCACCUGAUAUUAAAGUCAGCUGGUAAAAAUGCCGUCCGGUGUCUGCGGGGGUGUCACUCAGCCAAUAUUAUCCCAAUAAUGAUCAAACCUUCCACCAUUUCACACCGAUGGAGGGCGACAUGUACAGCUGCACUGUGGAGCACUCAGCCCUGGAGAGCCCUAUGACAAGGAUCUGGGCUUCCUCCACAGAACCUGAAUUGACUCCUCCCGGUCUUGGACCAGAUAUUUUCUGUGGAGUGGGUCUGACUGUGGGCUUGUUGGGAGUUGCAGUUGGAGUAUUUUUCAUUGCCAAAGGACACCAUGAUAAUAAUAUGAAUAUAUGAAUAUUGUUAACAUUGAAAAGGUACACAUUAAACUGCACCCUUUUUUGCUUUAAAAGAUGGUGUGAAGCCUGUAUUAUUUAUUUACCUGCAUCUACUCUGCCUCUCUGAUAUAUGACACCAUAUUAACUAGCAGUAUACAGUAGAAGGACAGCUUAAUCACACUGUAACUUAUUCAAUCAUUGCCAUGUGAAAUACUGUAUGUUUGAUUCUUUCUGUUUUGACACUUUGAUAUCUGCUUAAAUGUGCUUUAUAUUCUUAUAUUAUUCAUGGAUUAUUCAUGCAUUUAUUUGAGUGAAUUUGUAAAAUAAUGCACUAUAACAUCUUGUUUGCUCUUAACACAACA